UCCCUCUGUUAACACCCUCCCAGGAUCCAGAGCCCAGGCUCUAACCCUGUCCAUCUCUCUCUCUCUCUCUCCCCCUCCCUGCUGCUGCUGACUGUGCGUGUCUCUCUCUCUCUCUCUCUGUUACCCUCCCUCCCUCCCUCUGAGCGACCCUCAGGCAGCCUCAUACCCCCUGUGACAGGAUGAUGGGCCCGGGUCUCUGCUCCCUCCUACUGUCUGCCUGCCUCACCCUCAGCACCUUCAGGAGAGCCCAGACCAAGCCUGUGGCCCUCUCCAGGACAUCGGGUGAGCCAGGCCAAGUGGUGACCAGAUUCCGACGGGAUAUCCUGCCGUAUGAAGGAGAGAUGUUCGCCUACCCCCCUGGAGACUCGAGCCUCCGCCUGGCCCUCUACCCGCCUCUGGGAUUCUCCUCCGUCCUUGCCCAGCUAGGCCUUAGCCCCGGGGAGCUCGAGCAGCUGGAGAGGCAGGCCUUGGGCCUGGGACUGAGCUCGGGGCCCGCCCGUGGAAGCCCCAGGAGCUUGGGCCGUGCCCUCCAGCGCCUCCUGGAGGCAGGAGACAAUCGGGAGCAGGGGGUGGCCUACACCGCAGGCCUGCCGAGGGCCUGGGACGGGCUGGGCCGGAGCGCGGCGUAUGUCGGUGAGGGGGCCAGGCCCAGGAUGCGGGGGGGUUACCUCGACUACGACGGGCCUCACCAGGAGGAGGAGGAGGAGGAGGAGGAGGAAGUGGAGGGGGCUCCACACACAGAGGAGGAGCUGCUGCGCUCCCUGGUAGGCCACAUCCUGGCUGAAUUGGACGCCAAGAGAGAGCUGCCGUCCCAACCCGGCCUGGGCGGGGCGCAAGGGGUUUACGCCGCCCCCCGCAGGCUCCGCCGAUCCCUGGAGGGAGGGGGGGCCGAACACCUAAGCCUCCUGCGUGUCAAGAGGGUGGGGGCGGGCGGAGACGAGGAGGAGGAGGACGGGGAGGAAGAGGGGGGCGCCCGCUACCCCGGACCCGACAGGAGGCGGGCGAAGGGGUUCGGGGUUCGCCCCCGCCUGGCCCGAGCACCCCUUCCCAGCGGGCAGUUGGCACGGCGUCUUGCCAGGCUCCUGCCCGAUUGAGCCACCCCCUCACCCAAACCCCCACCACAACCCCCCCACCAC